GAUGUGGACGAAACGUGGAACGGCUGUACAUUGAUGACCUACCUUCCGCCUUUUGAUGGUCACUACCCUCCUCUUCCUGGAAUCACAGAAUGGAACAGUCCUGAAGCAGUGGUAGCCAUGGAGAACGAAAUUGAAAAGUGGAAACAAAAUAGCUUAGAAGCAUACCAAACACAGAUUAUCUUCCUGACUAGGCUCCAACAGGAGGUGGAAAGAUUACAUGAGUUGUUGAAGAAACAAGAAGGGAUAAUUCAUUCACUGAAGUCGGAGAACAGACGACUACAAAGUAGACUGAACAAUGUAGAGAGAAAGUCUAGAGAGGAACUGAUCACCAGCAUGAAGCAGAAGGCUAUGGACUUUGAGAGGCUGUGUGCUCAGCACUUACACGUAAAAGAAACAUGAACACAUUUUACUGUCAGGUUCAGGAGGUAAACGUGUUUUCGACACUCUGUUGAGCACUACUCAUGUAUACGUUUAAAGGUGUAACUCGUUCGUCAGUUAUACCUUUUUUGCAAAUUUAUUCACAUCGUUUUUGAACAGAUAAAAUGGAUUCUGAGUAAUAAAAAUAAUAACUUGAUUCGUAACUUAAUCUAAAGAUACAAUUCGAAAAAGUGGCGAAAUUACAUGAGAAGAAACGGUUUAUUUAGGAAUUGUUAGAUAAGAUUAAUCUAUGGGAUCUGCUCAAGAACCCAUAUAAUUCAUUAACAUUUUGUGAUUACACUUUAUUUCGCAAGUUUGUUUGCAAAUAACAAAUAACUUUAUCUUAUUGUUCAAUAAGAAAGGUAUCUACCAACCACCAUGCAGUCAAAACUCUCUAAUGCUACUACAACCACCAUGAAGUCAAAAGUAUCUAAUGUUAUUACAACCACCAUGCAGUCAAAACUCUCUAAUGCUACUACAACCACCAUGAAGUCAAAACUAUCUAAUGUUAUUACAACCACCAUGCAGUCAAAACUCUCUAAUGUUACUACAACCACCAUGCAGUCAAAACUCUCUAAUGUUAUUACAACCACCAUGCAGUCAAAACUCUAAUGUUAUUACAACCACCAUGCAGUCAAAACUCUCUAAUGUUAUUACAGCCACCAUGCAGUCAAAACUCUCUAAUGUUAUUACAACCACCAUACAGUCAAAACUCUCUAAUGUUAUUACAACCACCAUGCAGUCAAAACUCUCUAAUGUUAUUACAACUACCAUGCAGUCAAAACUCUCUAAUGUUAUUACAGCCACCAUGCAGUCAAAACUCUCUAAUGUUAUUAUAACCACCAUGCAGUCAAAACUCUCUAAUGUUAUUACAGCCACCAUGCAGUCAAAACUCUCUAAUGUUAUUACAACCACCAUGCAGUCAAAACUCUUUAAUGUUAUUACAACCACCAUGCAGUCAAAACUCUAAUGUUAUUACAACCACCAUGCAAUCAAAACUCUCUAAUGUUACUACAACCACCAUGCAGUCAAAACUUUCUAAUGUUACUACAACCACCAUGUAGUCAAAACUCUCUAAUGUUACUACAACCACCAUACAGUCAAAACUAUGUAAUGUUACUACACUCACCAUGCAGUCAAAACUCUCUAAAGUGUAAUAUAUAUCACAGAAUUAAAUGUAAUUACAUCCUAAAGGCAAAAACUGGUAUUUCCAAGAUAACCUCUUCUUCUCCAUCAGCCAAAUGAUGACACUCCUCCAGUAAUCACAUGUAUUCGUAU